GGUGAAGUAGAGUGGAGGAAAUUCACAGUUCGCCAUGUUGGAGUUGACGAUGGUCCUUAACGCUAGAGGUGAGCGGAUGGCGAAUGUCAAACGCGUUGCUCUUCGUUGGGCCAAACACGCUGGGUACGGCAAGAAGCUUUAUGACAUUUUCAAUCCGCCCGAGACGGAGAAAUUGACGUUGUUCAACCUUCGCGCGGUUUUCACAUUCUUCGACAAAAAUGUGGUCGCAGGGCAUGAGCCGGUGGUGCAUUCUUCCGACCGCAUAUCUGAACCGAAAUGCGUGCUUUCGUCGUCUUUGGAGGCGGCUCCGUCGUCGAAACCAAUCAUUAUAGGUGUCCGCCCACCGCCAUCGCUUCGGACUACGGUUGCUGCGGAGGCGGCUCCAUCGUCGAAACCAAUCAUUAUAGGUGCCCGCGCAACGCCAUCGCUUCGGACUACGGUUGCUGCAACACGAGUUCCGAAAUCUGGGCAGAUCGGGGAGAAAGGUCCGUGUCGCGGGCAAAUCGUGCCGUCAGCGCAUGUGAAGCGUAGACCAACAUCAACCAAGGAACCCGUUUCCUUGGUCCGCCCGCCGCGCUAUGAGUUGGUCAUUCCUGCUGGGUCGCAUUAUUUUGGAGAUGACGACGAGGAGAACAGCGAGGAAGAUUGGGAGCGCGAUGAAGAACGCGAAGAAUAUCAGGAGGGUGGCGGAGAAGAGGAAGUAGAGAGUGAGCACACAAUCAGCGAGAGGGGUGGGUCGGGCGAAUUGGAGGGUCGUCUAGGGGUUGAGUAUGAGGACGAAGGGCAAGAAGAGGAAACGACCGGCGAGGGAGGGUAUGCAGAUGUGCAUUGGGGUUCCAAACGAACGCAGCAACUCGCGUCGGGUCAUGGGCAUUGGGCAGCGGAUCCAGGGAGCGGGGAAAUGCACCGUGAAGUUGGGGUCGAGUCGGUGCAUGCCGAUGCAGUCCGACGAGCUGAGAAGAAAAGGAAGAACAGGCAAGAGAGGAGAAGUGCUUUGGACAGUAAGAAAACCAAGCAGGAGGGGGGAGCCAAGCAAGAGGAGGGCAAACACAAGUUGAAAAUGUUGGCAGUUGAGGAGGCCGUCCAACGUAUGCGGGAGGCUGAGGAGGCCAUGAAGAAAAAAUGGCAGCCAAGGAAAAAAACAGCGAAGGGAGGUGUGAUGGAAAAAACUUUCGUUUUUCCACCGGACCAGCCACAGUCGGAUGAAGACGCCGUGGGCAAGACAGUCACCAGACCGCCCGGUUUGCAGAUUCUGCCGUCUGGGAAUUCUUCUGGUCAUCUGAGCAAAGGCUUCUUCCUUGAGUUCGACGAGAAUGGUAAACAGAGGCCGGAAAUGCAGUUCAUUUAUGUCAAGUUGGACAUGAUUCUGGAUAUCCCUGAUGAGGAAUUCAGAUAUAAUCAACGCUUCCUUGAUCAGGAGCUUAUUGAUGACCUUUGCAAAACAAUGGUUGAGUCGGGUGAGGCAGCUAUCAGAGAGAGAACGACCGGGGCAGCUGGGGUGAAUGUAUGUGCAUUGUACGAGAAGCCUGUCCUUUUGUUGAUUGGGCUACAUGAUACAAUGCAUAUUAGCGCUUCCAGUACGAAUGUGAGGGCGAGAAGAGUGACGCGCGGCGAAUUUGAUCUCCAAUCCGUGCGCAAGUACUACUGGUACCCUCUCAGUGGUCAACACAAUGUUGCCACAGCGAGGAAAUGUUCUCAAGAACGCCUUGACAUCGCCCGUGAGCUCCGUUUGGAUUGCUGGACUGCAAGACCUGUUUACUAUCCGGAUAGGAGCAUGGAGAAUUACUGCACCUUAAGCACUUUCCAAAAUGCGAAGGACAAAUGGAAUACUCCUCCGCACCAGAUUGCUAUCGUUAAGAACAUACGAAAGUUGUGGCACACAGUCGGUCGUCCAGAAGCUAUAGGCGGAUCUGCUGCAGACGUCAAAAGUAAGGAUUACAGAGAGUUUGCGGCGAUGGCUCUGCGCGCGACCGGGAGUGAUCAUUUGGUUACUCUUUCACUUCAGGCUUGGAGCAAGGAGUGGUCCGACUUCCCCGGGCCUUACAUGGUAUUGGCAAGGGCGACGGACGAUGUGUUCGAGAAGGUGCAACAAGUGUAUUCUGCUUGGGAGAGUGGACAGUUGCCGGGGAGAGAUGGUGUGAAGCGAAUCGGGGAAAGCGUCGAGACCUAGCCACGGAUUCGAGUUGAAAAAAGGAGUCAGGGUUCCAGUGCACUGGAUUCAGGGUACUAGAGGACAUGGUUACCUCGUGGUUGUGCGCGAUCUAGAUGUCAGAUCAUGGAAGGCUAUGUCUACGUUGGGGACGUGUGAGAGGCUUCAGUUGUUGCGAGACAUUCUCGCGGGAAGUGUCAUACUGGCUCCAAGGCUAAGUAAAGUUGCUCACACUGU